AUGGCUAUCUUCAGUCCUAGCUCAGCCUCGAAUCUCGAAGGCCGCCAGCAGCCUGCUCAUCAACAGGCCACUACCGCUGAUAUCGCCCCUUGGCCGAGUAGACCACCCAACGAGUUCGAUAUAGCUCCUUGGGAGCGAGAUCCUCAAGCACAAAUUGGCGGCACUCGGCCCUUCAAUCAAUCGCACUUCAAUGGACCUCGUGUCGGUCGGGAUGACCAAGAUCCGUCGAUGCGACCAGAUACGGCAAGGACGACUAUCUCGGACUCGCCUGACUUCGAUGGCGACGCACGGCGGCCUUCAAUAGCCAGCGCCACGACGAUCAGUAGCACAGGCUCGAAAGGCAGUGCCGCCAAUGGACGGUAUCACAAGAGCUUGAAGGGGUUUUUUGGCGAGGAUCCGACGGAUUCAAGGCUAGGGUCGGCGGCAAAUCUGCCCGAACAAGAAACUCAGGUCGCUCUCUUAGAAAAGCCGUCGCAACGCAGCAACUCCGUGCAGACCCAGACCACGGUGGAUGACAGACCCAAGACACCAGCACCUCCUCCUUCCAGCGAUGUCACGCCCUGGGCUUACCAGAACUUCGAGGACGUUUCCAAUUUCGGCUCCGCGCCUGUACGGCAGGUGCAACAGAACGACUCUCUGCAGCCUGAACAUCCUGCCACGUCGUCCUAUCGACGUGGCCUCCUUCAUCGCCACACACGGAGUAAAGAGGACCCACCAAAAGGCCUGCAAGCUCCUACGCCUGUUCCGAAGAGACCGUCUACCAGUCGGGAAUCCUCCACCACUAAUUUAGGCUACUUCCGCAACACUCCCCUGAACACCACACCAAUGAGCUCCUCUACGACGCUGAAUCGCAGCGCUAGCCCAGCCCCAGGUUCUCGUAAGGAGAACUCUGCUCACCCAGAAAAGAGGUCGAUAUUUGCGAAACUUAAAUCGCGACACAAAGACAAACAAUCACAGCAACCCGAGCCUAUCAGAACGAACGUGGACCCUGUCAGGUCGUCGGACGAACAGAAAAAGGGCAGAACACAAUCAUCACGAUCCACGGACACACAUGUCACCGACAACAAACGGGACAGAGAGACAAGUGUAGCGUCUACGGAUAGCGUCUCUACAAUUAAGCCCCCCGAUCCGUCACCGAGGAUCGACCGAACAUACACCUCGUCAUCAAAAUCUAGUAGAUUCACUCGUCAUGGCAAGCAUCGCGUACCCAGUCUCCAAAGUGAAACCUCAGACAAGGCUCGACCCUCGACUCAACAGGCCCCUCUGCAAGCAGGCGUCUUCAGUCUCGACACCAAUUUCGACGAUAUGUCCGAUAUCAUCGCGCACCCGCAGAUGCCAAAGACCCCCGGCGAAGCCGGAAUCUGGGCAGGAAAAGCCACCGCUACACCAGCUUCUGAGUUGUCUGCCCCAGCUUGGGAUGCACCAGACAGUUGGGCUGUCAAAGGUCAAGAAGACGAGAUCCUUGACAGCUUACCUGAAGCAAAUGAUAGCGGGCUCCCAGCAAUCCAAGAGGAGGACGGCAUAUCCUACUUCAUGCGCGUUUUCAGAACGGAUGGCACGUUCGCAACCCUUUCCAUGUCCAUCAACGCUACUGUGGCAGAAGUGUUGAAGUCUCUGGCGAAGAAGUCUGUCCUUCAUGAUUCCAUUGACAACUACCAACUACUCAUGCGCAAGCAUCAACUCUCAAGGCAACUUGGAGCUGCGGAACGCCCUGUAGCAAUGCAAAAAAGACUGUUGCAGCUGGCUGGCUAUACUGAGAGCGACCAUAUUGCAGAUGUCGGCCGAGAGGACAACAGCUACCUGAUCCGAUUCACUUUUAGCCAUGAAAAGCAGACAGGCUACGGAAGCGGCCUCGAUAAUGACCCUGCAUUCAACAAGAUGCAAAAAUUCAGCCACGUUGACCUGUCAGGCAAAUCACUCGUGACGAUCCCGAUCAUACUCUACACAAAGGCCUCGGAGAUCAUCUCCAUCAACUUGUCACGAAACAUUGCGCUCAGAGUUCCGAAGGAUUUCAUCACCGCCUGCAUCAAUCUCCGUGAGAUCAAGUUCACAGGGAAUGAGACAUGGCGACUACCCCCUAGCCUCGCAUGGGCCAGUCGGCUGACUGUACUUGACGUUUCCAACAAUCGACUUGAGCAACUUGACCAUGCUGAGCUCCACCGGUUGAUGGGACUUGUGAGUCUCAAGCUGGCGAACAACAAGCUGGCGGAAUUACCGCCCUCUUUCUCCUACUUUCGGCAGCUCCGCAGCCUCAAUUUGUCCUCAAACAACUUCACCACGUUUCCAGAACAUAUUUGCAGUCUGAAGUCUUUGGUCGACCUCGACAUAAGCUUCAACAAGCUCUCGUCUCUGCCCAAAAUCUCACAGUUAGCGACGCUCGAACGACUCUGGGUGACCAACAAUGAUUUGAAAGGACCUUUCAACGAGAGCUUUGCAGGUUUGACCAACCUCAAGGAGAUAGACGCGCGGUUCAAUGGCAUAACUCACAUUGACAACGUUACCAAACUCCCCAACUUGGAGCAACUACUUGUUGGACAUAACAACAUCACCACGUUCAGGGGCACCUUUGCAAAGCUUCGUAUUCUGGUCAUGGAUCAUUGCCCUGUCACAUCUUUCGAGCUUGAGCAACCUGUUCUAACCUUAACGAGCCUUAACAUUGCUUCGGCAAAACUGGUUGAGUUCAAGGACGCGAUGUUCGACUUCAUGCCCAAUUUGCAGAAACUCAAUCUGGACAAGAAUCAUCUCUCCAAUAUGUCUCCACAAAUCGGAAAGUUAUCAAGAUUGGAGUACUUGAGCAUGGCCAAAAAUCCUCUCAACGUAGUGCCGCCGUCAAUCGGAAGCCUUGUCGAGCUGAAGUUUCUCAAUCUCCGAGAGUGCAACUUGAAGAGCCUGCCGCCCGAGAUCUGGUAUUGUCGGAAACUCGAGACUCUCAAUCUGUCGUCCAACGUACUGGAGACAUUUCCUAAGCAGGGUGCAGCACCACCGCCUAGUGAUCUCAGAGAUUCUACGUCGGCCACGACUCCAGGCCUGUCGACGUCGCCCAGCUUCGAAGAGCUUGGUAAGCUUGAAGAUUUCCAAGCCCGGCGCCCCAGCCAGGCCUCUGCGGGAAUGAUGAGUAUCGGCAGCUCCCCAAGUAGUGGGCGCAAGAACUCCAUUGCUUCAAUUCAGCCUCACCGGAAGCCUUCGGUGAUCUCGCGAACAAACACCGAGUACUCAAUGACCACUGCCACCCGGAAGGAUUCUAAUAUAUCUCAGGCAAGGCUCCAGAAUACCUUUGCCGGCUCCCUUCGGUAUUUGUACCUUGCAGACAACCGGAUUGACGAUGAUGUCUUCCGGGAAUUGGCGCUUUUGCCGGAACUUCGAGUCCUUAAUCUAUCUUACAAUGAACUUGACGAUUUCCCUCAAGGCAUCCUACGUCGAUGGCCACAGUUAAGCGAGCUUUAUCUUUCUGGAAACCAACUCACUUCUCUGCCCUCCGACGACCUUGAGGAAAGCAGCAAUCUGAAGGUGUUACAUCUGAAUGCAAAUCGUUUUCAAGUGUUGCCCGCCGAGCUCUGCAACGUGCACAAGCUGUCCACCUUGGACGUGGGAAGUAAUUCUCUGAAAUACAACGUCUCAAAUUGGCCUUAUGACUGGAACUGGAAUCGCAACACCAAUUUGAAAUAUCUCAACUUCUCAGCAAACAGGCGGUUAGAGAUCAAGCCGGCCCAGCAGAAUCCCACGCAGUUCAACGGAAUGAAUCGUAACGAGACAACAGACCUGACUAGUUUCAACACACUGAAGUACCUGCGAGUUCUCGGUCUCAUGGAUGUGACAUUGUUGACGAACACCAUUCCGGAUGACAAUGAGGACCGCCGGGUCCGAACCUCUGCCUCGUUGGUGGGAGCAUUAAUGUACGGGAUGGCAGAUACGUUGGGUAAGAACGAACAUCUGUCCACUCUUGACCUGCUCAAACCAAAUUUCAGAGGUCGAGAUGCAGAGAUCUUGAUUGGCAUGUUUGAUGGCCAAAUAAUGUCAAGCGGUGGUUCCAGGGUUGCAAAGUAUUUGCACGAAAACUUCUCGGGCGGGUUUUACGAAGAGCUGAAAAAGACGGAAGGCACGAAAGACACUGCGAUCGAUGCCCUGAGAAGAACUUUCUUGAGCUUGAACAAAGACAUGGCGAACUUUGCCAGCAGCAACUUCGACACCAAAGAGCACAGGUUGGCUAAUGGCCACAGAGGAUCUACUGUUGCCAACAUUCUUGGGCCGGAUGAUUUGACCUCCGGUGGAGUGGCAACCGUGCUAUACUUCAACGGCCAGGAUCUCUACGUGGCUAACGUAGGCGACAUCGAGGCAAUCCUAAUUCAGUCGAACGGCCAACAUCGCCAGCUCACCCGGAAACACGACCCUGCGGAACCGGGCGAGCGCGAGCGUAUCAGAGAGGCGGGAGGGUAUGUUUCUAGACAGGGCAAACUCAACGAGUGUCUCGAAGUCAGCCGGGCAUUUGGCCACUAUAGCCACAUGCCAGCCAUCAUCGCGGCUCCGCACACUUUCAAAUGCACAGUCGGCGAAUCUGACGAGCUCAUUGUUGUGGCCACCCGAGAGUUCUGGGAGUAUGUCACUGUCGAUGUAGCAGUCGAUGCGGCCCGGGCAGAGAAGAACGAUCUUAUGCUAGCUGCCCAGAAAUUGAGGGAUCUUGCAAUGGCCUUCGGCGCUAGAGACAAGAUCAUGGUGAUGGUCCUGGGUAUCUCAGAUUUACGAAAGAGGAGAGACCACCGUUUUCGCGGCACCAGCCUGUCCAUGGCUAAGGAGAUGGGACUUGACGAGGGGGCUAUAUUCCCUAGCUCGCGCAAGGCGAGACGCAAGGGUGAAACGCUGGUAGGCGACUCUCGACUUGCCAGACUAGAAGAGCCGGAUCCUCCUGUGGGCGAUGUGGCCAUCUGCUUCACAGAUAUCAAGAACUCGACUGCACUGUGGGAGAUUCUCCCCGUGCCAAUGAGAUCUGCAAUCAUGAUGCACAACGAACUCAUGCGACGCCAACUCCGCAUCAUUGGUGGAUAUGAAGUCAAGACGGAAGGGGACGCUUUUAUGGUGUCUUUCCCAACCGUCACGUCAGCGCUGCUCUGGUGUUUUAGCUGUCAAAGUCAUCUCCUGGAACUGCCUUGGCCGACCGAGAUCCUGGAGACCGUCCAUUGUCAAGAAAAGCUAGAUGCAGAUCAAAACGUCAUCUAUCGAGGGCUGUCGGUCCGAAUGGGACUACAUUGGGGUCGGCCGGUGUGCGAGCAGGAUCCAAUUACCCGCCGAAUGGAUUACUUUGGCCCCAUGGUCAACAAAGCUUCCCGAGUAUCUGCGGUAGCGGAUGGGGGCCAGAUCGCCGUCAGCAGUGAUUUCAUCAACGAGGUUCAGAGGACCUUGGAGAGCUAUGCCGAUGAUGACCGACGAGAUUCAGUCAGCUCGGAUGACACUAUGAAUGACGAUCGGCUGGCAAGUCAAAUCCGCCGAGAACUCCGUCAACUCAGUAGCCAAGGGUUUGAAGUCAAGGACCUGGGCGAAAAGAAGUUGAAAGGCCUUGAGAACCCCGAAUAUCUUUACCUGAUAUACCCCCACUCCCUGGCCGGCCGGCUCACCAUUCCUCCUGGAGCUGAGAACAAGGUCCAGCUCGGGGGUAGCAGUCCUACGGCAGGUGAGGACAAAGGUCAGCCUGGAAGCUUGGGCAAGGAUAGCCAACUCAAGGAACUACAACUUGACGAAGUGUGGAAGCUUUGGGACAUUGCACUGCGGCUAGAGAUGUUGUGCAGCUGUCUGGAAGCCCCAGGGCUGGCACCUGGGCUCCACAAACCCGAGUUGAGUCUGCUCACCAGAAUGAAGGAGCGCGGAGGUGUGCAAACGGAUGGAUUCAUGAUGAAUCUGUUGGACCACCAGGUGACACGGGUCGAGGUAAGAAGUCAUGGAAGAAUGAAGUACUUGAGCACCGACGACUAA